AUGAUUCGAACUUCGAUGGUGAUGGGAGUAAGCAAGCGACCCACUGAGGAAUCACCAGGUUUAACACGUACAGAUGCUUACCCGGCAGCGGAGAUCCCACCCGAGCUAUUCUCCUAUGGGGGAGUCAACUAUACUUUUGCAGCUUAUAACGAAACGGGGUUUGAAAAUGUGCUCGUUCAGGGACAGGAGAUUCAAGUUCCGAGACAGCGAUACUUCAGUUACCAGAUGCUCGCUGCAUCUGAGUCCGGGAUGGCAUCUGCGUCUAUCAAGGCAAACUAUGCGGACGGAAGCAGUUCCGAAGGGGCACUGCUUGUUCCAGCAUUUUGGAGCUGGCCAUAUCCCGCCGGAGGCGACUUGGUGUUUUCGUCUUUUCUAACGGAGAAUAGCACCAAUUACAACAAAUCCAACAUAUUCCAAACUGUCAACUGGUUGGACUCGACGAAGGAGCUUGUCUCAUUCACCUGGCCGAACUCCUCGACUGGGUCGUCUACUGAACCUGGUGGUGCCGCAUUGGAUACGAAAUUGCACAUAUUUGCCUUGACUUUGCUGCCGGCUGGGUCCAUGUCCGAGUCUCCUAGCCUGGAAAUUCAAUAUGCUCGGUCAACACAGAAAUGGUUGGAUGACCCGGAGAAAGUGCAAAUAAUCGAGGCUGUCAUCAAUAACAAGGGCUCAUCUUUCAUUGAUACAGGUCACCAGGUGACUGUCGAAGUUCAAUCUGCUGGCAUUGAUACCAAGUCUCAGGCUAUCAUCAAACGGCUAGGUCCCGGGGAUCAGGCUAUUGUUGAAAUUGGAGUGCAAAACCGAGAUGGCAUUGACUUGGGCAAGACAGGGCCAGCAACUGUGGUCAUCACAGGCGUUGGUGUGAACUCUACGCCUUAUACAUUCAACGCAACGUACGGCAUUGUUCCCUUCGAAGCAACAUACGAAUCCAUCUACAGCCACGAGUCGCCGAACUGGUACAACGACGCCAAAUUCGGAAUAUUCAUUCACUGGGGGGUCUACUCAGUUCCUGGAUGGGGGAAUAAAGGGUCAAAGGAAAACUACGCAGAGUGGUACUGGUGGACUAUGAACUCGGGACCCUUGGACAAGACCAAUACUUAUGGUUAUCACCUUGAUGAAUAUGGAGCGGAAUUUGUGUAUGACGAUUUCAUUGAUGAUUUCUCAGCCUCAGCUUGGGAUCCAAAAGAAUGGGUUGAUCUAUUCGCUGAUGCGGGUGCCAACUACUUCGUCCUGACGAGCAAACAUCACGAUGGGUAUGCAUUGUUUGAUCUCCCGGCUAAUAUGUCCACGAGAACCUCUGUUGCUCUCUCUCCACAUCGAAAUAUCGUCCAGGAACUGUUUGAUGCCUCCAAGGAGUACCAACCUCACCUGCACCGCUCUGUGUACUACUCACUUCCCGAAUGGUUUCACCCUGACUACCAACAGUAUGGGUUUGGGCAAUGGCCUGGAGGUAACAGACUCCACGGAAAUUAUUUUGAGAUAUAUAUCACUGACAGGAACCCAGGAAAUGCUACAAACCCAUUCACCAACGAAACCUUGCCUUACACCGGCUACGUCCCAUUGGAAGAUUACAUCGAAGAAAAGAUCCUACCAGAGAUGAACAUCCUCGGAGAAAUGGGAACCGAGAUCAUGUGGUGCGACAUCGGCGGCAAGAACAAAACAACCGACUUCGCAUCGGCCUGGUACAACAAAGCAGCCCAAGAGAACCGCCAAGUCGUCAUGAACGCUCGGUGCGGCCUGCCCGGGGAUUUCGACACACCCGAGUACGCCAAGUAUAGCGGGGUGCAGAGACGGAAGUGGGAGACCAGCCAGGGGAUGGAUCCAUACAGCUAUGGAUUCAAUCGUGCGACGCCGGCCGCCAGCUACAUGAAUGCGAGUUCGAUCGUUACUGGGCUGAUUGACAUCGUUUCUAAGAAUGGAAAUUUCCUUCUCGACAUUGGACCGAUGGCCAAUGGGACCAUUGUUGACGUUGAAAAGCGGCAUCUCAGGGAAGCUGGGGCGUGGAUCAAGGAUCAUGCUGAGGCUAUCUUCAAUACGACAUAUUGGUUUGUGACACCCGAAGAAGGGAAGUUUAUUCGCUUUACGAAGUCGCAGGAUGCAUUUUACAUUCACUGUCUAGCGAAGCCGAAUGAUACAAUCGCUUUGUCUAGUCCUAUUCCCUGGAUGGGGAAGGAUCAAGUUCGUGUGGUGGGUGGGAAGAUGAAAGGUGCAAUUGUGCCUUCAAAGAUGACUGAGAAUGGAACUGUGAUAUUGUCUCUGAGUGAUGAGAUUGUCCAAGCAGAUCGCUUUGCCUGGGUAUUCAAGAUCACCUACUAA